AUGAACGAAUUUGCGAUAAACGAGGCUUUUGAAAAACUAUGGCAGGGUACUGCAUACGGAAAGAGCCACGACGCGAAGCUUAUCAAUAAAUAUCAAGAUGAUACAGCGAAUACUUCAAAUGCAAUCUCAAAUUCCGCUAAUAUUAUGCCACCGCCGUCGUCUAAACCACUUAAUCGAUUAUCAUAUAAGCCAAUCACACCUGCAACAACUCCAACGAACGGUUCAGAUCAUCAACACCACCACCAACAACAACAACAACAGCAGCAGCAGCAUCUAUCACAGCUAGUACCACCACCACCUCAAACAGUUUACGUGAUAAAUCAAGUCAAUCUCACUAACUGGUACAUCUUACGUAGUCUCUCCCCUAAUCACCAAGUUCAAAUUAUUGUCUGUGGCUAUGAAGUCAAUUACUCAUCCCAAUCUCCAAAACUCCUUCGUUUCUUUGUUCUACAUCGUGUUUCUGAUAAUGUCUUGAUUGGAAAUCGUGAUGAUGAGAUUUUCAAGAUUCAACUUAUCGGUAUGCUCGUACAGAAAGAGUGUAGAGGUUUUCCUGAUUCCGUUGACGAAUUCUUCAUUAGUGGGUUUCCGGCGCUAUGGGAGUUUAUCCUGAGUAAAGCUGAUGAUGAUAAUGCUAUCGAAUCACUUCUGAGAGAGAAAAGAAGCAAUACAGCUGUUAGCAAUCCGUUACAACUCAACUCUUACCCAAAAAGUCUAUCAACCCCAGAAGAUAUGGAAGAUGUGAAGCCAAUCAUUUCCCCUCGCAAGUCCAGUGCUAGCAGUCAAGAUAAGCAUGUUAAUAAGAAAUGGUUGAAUGCUUUGCUCGAGAAGGAAAAAGAAAAGCGAAGGAGGCGAGAUAAAGAGAAAAUCAAGGAGGAAGAAAGAGCCAGAGAGGAAGAUAGAGCUAGAGCGAAAGAAAAAGCUAAAGCGAAAGAAAAAGAGGAAACUAGGCGAAGGGAAAUAGAAGAAACUUGGGAGAAAGAGAAAGAGGAAGUUAAGGAGAAGGAAAGAGAGGAAGCUAAAGAGAAAGAAAAAGAGAAGGCGCGAAAGAGGAUUGAGAAAGAGAAAGCUAAGGAGGAAAAAGAACGAAGGCGCGCAAAAAAGCGUGAGAAAGAAGAGAAGCGAUCAGCUGAAGCAUUAGAACGUCAAACACUUGAAGAGAAGCAAAAGCAAAAGCCGAACGAAGAAAAGCAAAUGCGAAAACUCAAUGAAGACAAAAGUAUGCGACAAGAACGAAUUGGAUUGUUAUUUGAAAAAAGCAAAAAAUCAGAGGACAAAUUGCAGGAAGAUGUCGAUAAACGUGCUGAUAAGGAGAGAAGACGGCGUACGCUUCAUGAUGUACUGUCUAAUGAUAGAGUCCCACUAGCCAGUCAAUCAAGACGAAGCCUUCUUCCUGCGAAGCUAAAUGACAACGCAGAUGAUGAAACCAAACAGACGCUAUCGAAACGCGAAGCAGCAAAAACAAGAAAGAGCGAGCCAACAAAGCGCAUUGAUUCGGAAAGAAAGGCUAGACGGAGUGACUUGAAAGAUGAAGCAAAACAAAAUUCCAAAGUACAGGAUCCCAAACAAGCUGAAUCGUUUGAACAGAUACCAGCCGACCUAAUGGCCAGUCAGCAUCAAAUUCAGUCUGUGCAUCCCGACAAAGCUAACAACAACUCGAGUCACCACGACAAGAAAUCUUUAAAGCGUAGAAAGAGACGUACAGAUGACAGUGAUAAUCUAUUCGCACUCAAGCGCAAGAGGACUACAGAGGAUUUACAGCUUAACGAGGAUGAAGAGUAUCAGCGCAAACUUAAAGAAUACGAAAAGAAAGUCGAGCUAGCGUGGACAGAGGAAGAGAAUCGGCGAGAGAAAGAAUAUGAAGCUGAAAGACAGCGUUACUUGGAGACAGAGAGGAAAAAAGCAGAAGAGGAGCGUCGCGAAAAGGAAUUUGAAGCAGAAAGGCAGCGCAAGUUGGAGGUUGAGAAACAAAAAGUGGAGGAAAGAGAACGUGAAAAUGAACUUAAAGCCGCAAGAAGGAUGUAUUUGAAUGAAAGAAAGAUGUAUCUGGAUAUUGAAAGCGAGAAGUGGAGAGUAGAAGAGAUUAAGCGCGUACAGCAGAUUCAAGCCGAUAUACAGCGCGCUCAGGAGAAUGAUGCAUUGACAAAGGAGGAACAAAGAGAGAUACAAGACGUUUAUAUCAAGAAGGAAAUUGAGAGAAAUCUGCAGCUAAGAACAGAAAGAGUAAAGGAGAGUAUGGCAAGAUGGUUAUGGGGUCAAGGCGCAAACAAAAGAAGGGCCCAUCAUAACAAUUACUUUAGAGGGAUCUUGAAUGGUAUGACAAAGUCUUCAACUCGAAUGGUAUUGCCAUCGAAGACUUUUGCACAUGCUCCUGGUCAAACUAUGGCUAGGCAUGAAGAGACUGCGGAAGGAAUGAGAAGAGUAUCAUGGAAACAAGUAUUUAAGCCAGCUCAAUAUAAAUAUCAAUUAGAUAAACAGACAAACGGCGAGCAAGAGGUGUACGAGGAAAAUGGUGAACACAGCGAGCACGUAGAUGAUGAGAGAGUUAACGAAGCGAUAGAGCACCAUUCGAAUGGGCAUGAAAUUAGUUUAACUCUCAUUGGAGCUGAUGCAGGAGCGCAAGCUGAAGGUUCAGAGCGGGAAGUGCGAGUAGAAAGACUGGAUUCAGCAGAAGAUGUCCAAGUGGAGCAAGAUGACGCGGUUGAAGAGCACGUUGAAUUGAAUCAGCAGAGUCACAAGAGUCAGAAGAGUCAUAAGAGCCGGAAGAGUCGUGCGAGUCAUAAGAGUCAGCAACUCGAGGAAGGCCAAUAUGACAAACAAGAUGAAGACGACCAAUCACAUAAGAAAAAGACUCUCGACAGCAUUGUCAUUAGUGAAAGUGAGGAAGAUAGCAAAGACGGAAAGUCGGGAGCAGACGCAAACUUGUUGGCGUUUUCUAGUGAUGAUCCAUUGGAAGAAAGCACAAACAGCAGAAAUGAUGAAGGCUUUCGAGCGCAAAGUCGUGCGGAGAAAUGGGCCAAUUACCCAAGAAGGAGUGCACGUCAUGCAAAGAGGUCGUGA